AUGAAUAAGGAUGGAUCAAAGAAAACAAACACGCACUGGGCAGAAGCGACGCAAUCUGCGAGUGUGGCUAGACCGGAAAGUCUAUCUGCGGCUCACACCCUCAGCUCCCUAGCCAUUCCAGUCUUUGACCAGCAUAUAGGGUCCCAAGACUCAAGAGUAGGCGGUAUCAAGAUUACUCCUCGGCCGGGCGGCUUCUUACGUGGCCAGCUGGACAUUACCGCUGCAUGCGGCCGACGCAUUGCCGCAGAUAGCUCCCUCCAGGCCCUUGUCAACGAUAUCCCUACCUAUCUGGAGACUCGUUCAAGCCAUCAUGGGGCUGAAAAGGUGAUUACGAUGAGGGAAGCGAAGGGAGUCAGAAAUAGGCAUCCCUGA